UGUUACUGAGUAUACAGUGUGGAGGGAUAUUUGUCUCCUUGUUCUGCUAUCCAUGUCAUACGGCAUUAUAUUUCCUACUCUGUUAUUGUGCAGUGUUGCUCGCCUGUUGUUUUGAGCUUCAUUGUUUGAGACGGCAGUUUGAUUCAACACCAUUAGGAUCACACUAUCACUAACAAAAUUACAGCGUUGUUUUAGAGAGAAGUUUUUUUCCAGCUCAUUUCUCGAGGAAGGGGGAGCUGAUGGUCCUUGUUUACGCUCCGACCAGAGGUGUCUUUGCACGUUGACGUUUUGUCGAUUCAUUCAGGAAGUGACAGUGAUAGGCUGUCCGUUCGGAUGAGCAUCACUUUUGUGAUUCACUGCGGAGUAGGAAUCACAUGAUUGUUUAGAUCUUGAGCAGCUCAGGGUUUUCCCAGUUUCUGCCCAUGAGGUUGGUGUAGCGUUGAUUUUGUCCACACAUUAGACCAGUUGUUACUAGUCUUGUGGAGACAAGGAACUUGAUGUGUUGCAGUCAGUCAUAUCAUUAUUAUCUGCAGUGUUCUUUGCUUACUUCAGUUUUGUCUCGGAGAUAACGUUUCGUGAAGCUAGUUCGGAAUAUCGUUGUGGUGUUGAAUGUGUUUGCACAUUGGACCAGUUGUCUGUCUAGUUGAGACCCGCGACUUGAUGAAUUGUAGUCAUAUUAUAAUCUGUGCGAGUGUUCUUUGUUUACUUCAUUUUUACUCCAGAGAUUACUUUCGUGUUUUGUGAAGCUAGUUGGAGGGAUUUGUGAAAUUUGUUUCUUGCUAAAAAAGUUUGUUUACGUGAAGUGGCUACGCACUAAGCUGUCAUCAUGUCUGCAUUCGGCUAUGGUUAAGUUCUGGAACAUCUUGGGAGUAUAUAUAUAAUAUUUUCUUUGGCGGUAGUGGUGGAGGUGUGUGUGUGUGUUUGUGUGUGUGUUCCUUUGUUGGAUUUAUGUGAACCUGAUUCCUCGGUCUGCUUUGUUAAGUUUGGGUUUGGUUUGGUUGUUAGCCUUUUGGAAUGAUGAGUUCAAAGCCUGUGUUCAAGUCUCCGUCCGGAAGCGACAGGGGGCCCGGGGCUCGGUACCCUCCUCCCGUCAUGCGGAGACGCAUAAACGUAACGGAGAACGAGAUGGCCGCCAAAAUGUCGCCGUCGGAGAGGAAGGCCGCCGUGUGUUGCCUGUCCACCGACACGGCCUUGGACUACACGCAGGGUCAGCGCCCCGAGGACAACAUCAAGGUCAUCCCUUGCCGACGAUCCGCUAGUCUGCAGCAGCAUAAAACCAUCGGUGUUGGGGAUGCGCAUCGAUUUGGCGUGGGGGAUGCGGGGAGGGUGGGGCAGACCCACGCGAUGCACUGUCGGAAUCGGUUGGGAGGAAGUGGUGGCGUCGGCGGCAGUCAGUUGACUAAACUUAGGGCUGACUCGCCGACUCCUGCACUCCCUGGGGAGGGGAGUGGUCCGUCCAGGCCUGUUCCCGCAGCCCGCCAGCGAUCCAGAAGACCUUAUGAUUAUGUUUCUAUUGUUCCAGAUGGCGAAGACACCCAGUGUGCGCCGACGUGGAACACAUACCUAUACCAGCUGCAGCAAGAGGCGCCUAAGCCAGUGUGCAUUCAGUGCCAGCUCGAGGUGCCAAACCGCCCCAGCCAGUACGGGAAAGAGUUCCACGGCUCCCUAAGCAGACAAGAAGUGGACCGCCUGCUACAGGGAGGUGAUGGCUGCUACCUGGUGCGGAAAAGUGAGCGUGCUCCCGACGCCUUCACGCUGGCCAUACGAUUUGACUCGGAGACAAAGAACUUCAAACUGUACUACGAUGGCAAACACUACGUGGGUGACAAGCGUUUCGACAGUAUUUACGACCUCGUGGCCGAUGGACUCAUCCACUUCUACAUCGAGCUGCGGGCGGCAGACUACAUCAAGACGAUGUCGCAGGAGUCCAAGUACGAGCAGCUGUACAUGGCUUACAACACCAAACGCAAGCGGCCGGCCAAGUCUUCCAGCAAGACGGAGGGGAACCUCAAUGGCGUGUCCGCCGAGUUUGUUUGUCUGUCUGUGUAUGAUAUAUACUGUAUGACUGUCUGUGCACUCCUCUACUCACUGUCCAUUCUCCUCCCACAGACGGGCUCCGCCUCACAAGACUACGAGCAGUCCGGACCUGCCACAGACGUCAACGAUUAUGAGAAGGCUCACAUCUUCAAGCUACAAAACUUCAUCGGUCUCCACUGGUGUUACUUCUGCCUCAACUUCAUGUGGGGACUGCUCGCCCAGGGGGUCAAAUGUCAAGACUGCGGCCUUCAGGCUCACAAGAAGUGUAGCGAGAAGAUCCCCAAUGACUGCAUGCCUGACAUGAAGUACAUCAAGAGGAUCUUCGGCUCAGACCUGACCACGGUGGUCAAGGUACACAAGUCGCUCAUCCCCUUUGUGGUGGAGAAGUGUGUCAAGGAGAUAGAGGCGAGGGGCAUAGAUUUGGAGGGUCUGUAUCGACUGGCGGGUUUCCAUGACGACGUGGAGGCCUUGCGUUUGGCAUUUGACAAAGACGCGGAGAACACAGAUGUGAGCUGCAACAAGUACGAGGACAUCAACACCAUCUGCAGCGCCCUCAAGCUCUACUUCCGCCUCCUCCCCAUCCCACUCAUCACCUGCGAGGUCUACAAGAAACUCAUGGAGAUCAUCAAGAACGAAGACAACUCACCGUCGGAUCAAGUGCGACUGAUGAAAGAGCCAAUCAGCUCCCUGCCCCCGGCUCACUUCCACACACUCAAGUACAUGUGUCAGCAUCUGGCGAGGGUCGUGGAUCACAAACAGACCAACAAGAUGUCCUUUGAGAACCUGGCCAUCGUGUUCGCCCCGACCUUGAUGCGAGACGACGACACCGACCCCAUGGCCUCGCUAAUGGCCGCCAAGUUCGAGCAGAAGGUCACGGAGGUCAUCCUGGUCAACCACGCCAAGCUCAUGGGCAGAUAACUCCGGAGGGCGGCGCACGCGAAGGAAGGGAGAUAACAACACUCACUCUGGACCAUGCGGCUGACUAACUACGCGUCUGUUCCCGGAUACUUCUAUCAGAGCUUCUGCAGGAGGGAAAGGCUGUUUGGAAAAGUAGUAUCUGGAGAGGAAAAAUGUAUGUACUAAGAGGAAAAUCUAUGGAAAAGCUGUAUCUUGAGAGGAAAAAUGUAUGUAUUAUGGGGAAAAACCAUGGAAAAGCUGUAUCUUGAGAGGAAAAAUGUAUGUAUUAUGCGGAAAAACUAUGGAAAAGCUGUAUCUUGAGAGGAAAAAUGUAUGUGUGAUGGGGAAAGACUAUGGAAAAGCUGUAUCUUGAGAGGAAAGAUGUAUGUAUAAUGAGGGAAAAUUUGGGAAAAGUUGUAUUCUGGAGGUAAAAAAUGUAUGUACUAUAGAUGAGAAAAAAACUAUGGAGAA